UGCAGUACAUGUGGAAGCACAGGGUGGGAAGAAAGAGCCUCCUUUAAUUUACCUUCUACAUUUGAUGUCCGAGUUUGCAUUGUCAUCUGAAAUAUGUUCAGUUCUGUUGAGAAAUAUGUAAUAAUGUGAAUUGUGAAUCAUUUUUUACAGACUGGCCUCACACCACUGUUAGUGGCUAUUCAACAAAACCAAGAAACUAUGGUUAAAUUUUUAAUAUUACAGAAUGCAGAUGUUUUUGCAGUUGAUAAUCUAAACAGAACAUCCCUCAUGUUUGCGGGACGGUAUAGUACGGAAAACAUAGUACACAUGCUUCUUGAACUAGGGGUUGAUGUGCUUUCUGAAGACAUUGCUGGACAUUCUGCUAGGGAUUAUGCUCUUCAAAAACGUAAUAUGCAAAAUUACCAACUCAUUUCGUUGUUUCGAGAAAAUGCUGCACUUGAGAAGAUUGUAAAUACAAAUCCAGAUGAUGAGCAUUCUAAAGAAUAUAGAAAAAGGCUUUUGGAAAUACCUGAUGUUAAUCAUGAACUGCUUAUAUCAUAUGAGAAAGGCCUCAAUUCAUUUGCCAAGAAAGACUUAAUUCCAGGACAUACAACUGCCAUCAUUCACAGUGCACCAGAAGAGCAACCCAAUAACGACAGAAUAACUCGUGUUCAUGGAGUCCAUGAAGAUAACAAAUGUGGAGCAGAAGAUGAAGCUAAAGAAUCAACUUCAGACCCUGAGGAAGGAAUGUCAACCUUAGCGAGUAAGAAGGGCUUAAAAGAUAUCGCCAUCACUCAAGUUGCUCCACAACAGCCAAUUAAUGAAUAUGCGUUCAACUAUGAUCGUGGAUUGGACAAUGGUAACAUGGGUAGUAAGGAGUCUACCUCCCAAAGAGAUCCUGAAGACAACAACUCACCAAGGAAUUCGAAGGAGGAAUCCUCUGCAGAACCUCUAAAGAGGGAAGAAGUUGCAGUGCCUAUCUCCGGAAUAAGUGAUGAAGCUGUAGAAUCACCGUGGGAUUCUGAGGAAGAAACAUCAAGUGGAAAGGGUGAAGGUCGUGCUGCCACUGGAGGUGUCCCAGAAGGAGAUAUUCUGGAUUAUUUCCUGUCAUGUAGUUGGAGAAAAGCGUCAAUGGCAUCAAGUGGAGAUACUGAAAAGGAUGUGGCUGUCAGUCUAAGUGCCCAAGAGCAUGCAAAGGACACAUUAUCUGGUAUUGCUGGAGUGCCAGAAGACAAAACUAUUGAUAUGCCUGGCUUCAGACCAGAUGAUGAGCCUUUAAAAUACUCCUUAAAGUCUGAGACUAUUUCUACAAAUUCUUGGAAGGAAUCCAUUAAUCAAUCAAUGGCAGCAGAUGCAAAAGGAAAAGAUAUGAAUGAACCACUGGAAGAGUUUGCUAAGGGAUCCACUGAAUUGACGCCUCGUCUGGAAGCAAUACAUCCCUUUUUGGCAACAUCAGUGGGAAUGAAUGAAGUACAAACAUGCAGACAAGUUACAGGCAGAAUCAAGUUAAAACCAAUACCAAAACAUCUCAAGAGGCAUUUCCUUCCUCACUGCAAUACUAAUCAAUAUAAAAGCACAGAACUUGAGUUAAAAAAUGUCAAGUCUUCUCCAACAAAUAAUGACAUUAAAACAGCACCCAAGGAAGAACAAGAAUGGCUUGAUGGAAGUGAAAAUAAGCAGUUUGAAGAACAAGGGCAGCGUUGCCAAAGUAAGGAAAUGGAGGGGUUAAGAAACUUGCAUGAAAGUGCUGCUCCUCCUGAGGACAGUGAUGGUUGUGGACUGAAUCAGCAGAGACAGAGUGGGGACCUUGACAACCAGCAAUCUGCCACUAAGAAGAGUGAAGAAUAUUAUUCGUAAGUCUAUAGCAAUAUUUAACAUUAGGUGAUGUGAUUUUUAUUGUGCUAUAAAGCCACUUCUAAUUGGGUUAUUAUCUAUGAUUAACAUAUUUUUACUAAGGAUUUUAUUCCAUGC